AUGGCGGCCCCCAUGCGAUAUGUCUGCAAGAAGAAACCGCCAGUUUCUUUUUGGAAUAUCCGAUUAAUGAAAGAUUUCCUGGUUGCAUGUCGGGAAUAUCUCCAUCCUAAUUUAUAUAAUUCUCGACAAUUGAUCAGAAAUUUGUCUACAAUGCAGUCAAUGCGAAUUCCUACACAGAAGGUUCAUAGACCCUUUCCCAACACUAAUGAUGAAGUGGAGGCCAGCUUGUAUAAGUUGAAAAAAAACUUGCAGCUUCGGCGAUAUAUUCCUAUAAUACCUUUCUCCAAAGUUUGUAAAUCAUUGGAAGAUAGAAGAGCACAAGGUGAACCAGUACUCUCCAGCGGAAAGGGGAGUGAACUCCUCAGUAUGACAGGAGAAGUGUUAAAUGUUACGAAGUUUCGACGCAAAAGGACAACUACAAAGGUCUGGAAUCUCCUGAAAUCUUGGAAAGGAUACACACUGGAUUUAUCUAAUUACACAAAUUAUGUAAUGGCCUGCAAGGAAAAUGAGAUGAUGGUUGAUGUCACAAAUUUGCAAGAAGAAAUGAGACAGGCAGGUCUUAGCCAGGACCAGGAAUUCUUCGAAGAAUUGAUUGGAUACCAUAGUGCACAUGGCGAGCUUGAUUGUGUUAAGAGGCUUUUGAAAGAAAUGAGAUCUGCCAAUUUCCAAAUGACUGCAAAAACUGCCAGCAAUUAUAUUUGGGGAGCAUUUAAUGCCGGCUGUGAAGAUGAAAUGUCUACCAUUUUUGAAUCCAUGGGCUCCUAUGGCAUCUUGCCUGACUUGAACUGCUAUAUGACUAUGAUGAAGUGUUACGCAGUUAAAGGAGAUCUCAAGAAGAUCAAUCAGUUAAUCAAGAGAGCAGAAUCAGAGGCAGGUAUGAGACGGGUUCAUCAACUCCAGCUGUUAUUGCCACUACUUAUGAAUGGUCAUGAAAUUCAGGCAGAAAAGGUCUUAGAUGUUCUCUGUAUGGCCUCUGAUGUGGAUAAAGAGGAUAAGGCUGAAAUUGAAUACCAUGGUAACCAGCUUGUUGUCCAUUCUUUCCUGCCAGAGGGAUUUAAAGUGUAUAAUUUGUCACAGCAUACGGCUGUAUUCUUUAUACGGUCCUUUGCCAGAGGACUUGGUAUGAAGUCAAAUGUCCAUUUUGAAGGUUCUCGUAAGAUCAAUAAAUUAGCUGCCAAACUGACCAUCAAAAUGGUGCAGGAUAAUGUAAUCACAUUGAACAGAAUGUUUCUGGAAGCUAAAACCAUCAGUAAAGAUUAUAUGACCUGCGUUGUCAUGGAAAUGAAGAAACAGGGGAUUGUUGAAUCCCAACAUCAGUUCUCUUCGAUGAUUGAAAGUGAGCCUUGUUCUUCUCAUCUUAAUGAUCAGUCCAAAAAGACAUUGCUGGAAAUUGGAAAAGCUUGCUUUGACAACGACAAACCAGCAGUUGAGGUGACAGACACCAUGAUGCAAGAAAACGCAGCACACCGAGGACAUUUGAAUGACGAUGAGGUUUUAAGGAGAUUUGUUCAAAUCAAAUUGGAAGGGAGUGUUAAAACCACCAUGACAGCCAAUAUCUUAAGGCAGGCAUAUAUGUAUAGAAAGAAAUUCAAAAAAGCCAUCUACUACCAGAAUGAAAUGAUUCGAGCCAUGCCAUCGUUUGCAUACAAUAUCAACAGAGUUACCUUCCUUAUGUCCAAGAUGUUGGAAAGUGAUGAACACGAUGGAAUUGUACAGUGCAUCAAGGAUUUCUCAGCUGUUGUCAGAGAAAUGAAGUCUGAUAUGGCUGUCAUUCAACCUGAUCAACUUACAUUAAUACUAAAGAUUCUAGUUAAUUUUCUUAAUCCUGCUGAAGUUCUUCAAAUCACAGAAGGGCUGACUCCACUUCAGAGGUUCAUUAAAACAGAGAAGAAAACGUUCCUUAGGCUUUACCUACAAAGAUCUUGUUAUUAUACUGUACUGACUAAACUUGUGCGGUACGAUGAUCCAACUCUAAUUGAUAAAGUCUACAGUACAGUGAAAAGAAGGGAAGGAGAAAACUCUGCUAACGUUUUACAGACUUGUGCCUACCUAAUGAAUUACCAAGUGCAAAAAGCCAGACAAAUAUGUGAGACACCCCAGACUCACCAGCAUGUAAGGUUUUCACAUAUCAAAGCUUGUCUUUGCCAGCUACAGGAUAAGCCACAUAUGCUGAGUGAAUUUGUGGAGUUACAAGACUCACCGCUCCUGCGUAAGAUUCUGUCUGAAGUGCUCAAACGUGACACUGGAUCAUCCUAUGGAAAAGUGAAGCAAGUCAUAACAGAAUACAUAAUUACGAACCCAGAUUCGACCUUGAGUACAGUGUGCUCACAUCAAAUGGAAGCUACACAACUAGAACUGGAAAAGUUGAAAUUGAGCAUGACAGAAAAAGUGUGAUGCAGUCAACAGAUCUACUUUGCUUAGUUGUUCAAACUGUUUACUUCAAUUUGUGAAAACCUGGUGCUGAUUAAGUGUGUCACUGUAUGUAACGUAAUGGUAACACACGAGUAGUCAGUGACACGUAUUUAGGAAACAAUUUUGUCAAAAAUUGUGAACAAACUUGUCCCCUUCAAAUGACCAGAAGAAAUACCUAUCAAAAACGACUGAAAAGUAAUUGAGGAUUUGUAACUUAUUUACAGUGAACAAAAAAUGAAUCUGAUCAAUGACUGGCAACACGCCUUCUGUCAAGAACUGGAAAAUCGUUAACGAAUAGCGUCCACACUCAACUGAUGGAAACAUUUACUGUUAUCGACGAUUGUAACACAUUUACAGUCACCGACUUUGUGUCACAGUCACCGACGGUUGUGACACAUUUACAGUCACCGACGGUUGUGUCACAGUCACCGACGGUUGUGACACAUUUACAGUCACCGACGUUGUGUCACAGUCACCGACGGUUGUGACACAUUUACAGUCACCGACGGUUGUGACACAUUUACAGUCACCGACGAUUGUGACACAUUUACAGUCACCGAUGGUUGUGACACAUUCAGAGUCAAGGAAUGAAAAUCUAAAGUGAAGGAUGACUGUAACACAUAUAUAGUGAAGGAAUGAAAAUCUAAUCUUUUCGGGGACACAUCUAUAGCAACUGAAUAAAAAGAUUUAAGAUGAUGGACAAUUAGGACACAUGUGAAGUCAAGAAAUGAUAGAAACUGUUGUGAUUGACAAUUAGGACACAUGUGAUAUCAAGGAAAGGAAAUAUAUCAUGAUCGAUAACUGUGACAGUUAUAGUCAAUCAAAUGAUAUCAACAAUUUGUGAUAUAUGUGUACAACAUAUCUUACAGUUACAUAAACCAUAAAAUGAACUAAAGGUUACUUUUUCAGUAGUUAUAAUAAAAAGCCAAUGUGGGGUUAACAAAAAAAAACCGCCACAAAGACUUGACAGAAUGUCUUCCCCACAAAACUGUAAGAUAUGUUUUUAAUUUCAUAAAUAAAUACAAAGUCACCCUCUCUGUAAGGGUGGCCUUUUUCAUUCAUA